UCUUGACGUAAUAUAUGUGAUAAUAUUUAAUUAUCAAGUUCUUAUUAUGAGACUAAUAAAGUAAGGAUCAAAAUUAUAUACAUUUGUAAUAGAGACGUCAAGAUAACAAGACUCAUCCGUACAAUGGUCAUAACAUUUGGAGUUUUAACAAUUAGUGACACAUGUGCAGAUGAUCCUGUUAAAGAUAAAAGCGGAUUAGAAUUACGAAAUUUGAUUGAAAAUGCAGAUAGUGAAAUUAAUAAUGUUUUUAAAGGACAAGUUCUGGAGUAUAAAAUCGUACCGGAUAAUGAAGAUAAAAUAAUGAAAAUAUUAAAACAAUGGUCAGAUAAACUUAAAAUAAAUGUUAUUUUAACAACUGGUGGAACGGGAUUUUCUGCAAGAGAUAAUACUCCAGAAGCGACUAAAAAAGUUAUUGAAAAAGAGGCCCCCGGGCUUUCAAUUGCUAUGCUAAAUUUUAGUUUAAAAAUCACACCACUAGCUGUGUUAUCAAGAGGUGUUUGUGGUAUUCGUAAAGAAACACUCAUCAUAAAUCUUCCCGGUUCGCCAAAAGCUGCCAAAGAAAAUUUAUUGGCUAUAGUGAAAACUAUUCCACAUGCUGUUGACUUAAUUAUAAAUAAUAAAAACAAUGUAAUUAAAACACACGAAGAAGUCCAGAGAGCCAAGAUUAAGCACGAGUGUUCCCAUGUAAACCAUUCCGAUGAUUCAUUUAAAGUAGGAAAUGUCGCCAAUCGUCGUCGUACCUCUCCAUGGCCAAUGAUUUCUAUGGAAGAAGUAGCUGAAAUAUUUAAUAACAUAAAGUGGAAUAAUGAAACUGAAACAGUAGAUUUGUGGAAAUGUCACGGAAGAAUUUUAAGCAAAGAUAUUUUUUCUCUUUGUGACUUACCGCCUUUUCCUGCUUCUAUUAAAGACGGAUACGCAGUGAUUGCUAGUGAUGGUGAUGGCUUAAGACAAGUAUUAGGUGGACUAGAGGCUGGAGAUACGCCAAGCUUAGUGAAACUGAGUAGCGGUUUUUGUGUUAGAAUAAACACUGGAGCACCGGUACCAGAUAGCGCAAAUGCUGUUGUUCAAGUAGAAGAUACUAAGUUAGUAUCAAAAAAUGAAUUUAAUGAAGAAACAGAAAUAGAAAUUUUGGUUAAACCUUCAGAGGGGCAAGAUAUUCGUCCAAUCGCUAGCGACAUACGAAAAGACGAAUUGGUAUUGCGUAAAUUUACUAAAAUUGGAGCUGCUGAAUUGGGAAUUUUAACAAGUUGCGGAUAUUCUAAAGUUCAAGUUACUAAAGUUCCUGUAAUUGGGAUCUUAUCAACUGGAAAUGAACUGCAAACAGCUGGAGAAAUUCCAAAACCUGGUCAUGUCUACGAUAGUAAUAAAAUUACUCUUAUGAUGUUACUGAGAGAAUACGGUUACGAUUCGAUUGAUUUGGGAAUUGCUCGGGACGACGAGAGUGUCAUGAUAAAAGUUAUGCGUGAUGCUUUCGACAAAGUGGAUGUUCUUAUAACCACAGGUUCUUUGUCGAUGGGUGACCGAGAUUUGGUUAAGCCAAUUUUAACUCAAGUUUUUGGUACUAAAAUACACUUUGGAAGAGUUAAUAUGAAGCCAGGAAAACCUACGGCAUUUGCAACUUGUGUUUAUAAUAAUAUAAAUAAGUAUAUCGUAUGCUUACCAGGCAAUCCGGUUUCGGCAACAGUCACAGCACAUCUAUUUGCCAUUCCCUUGAUUAACAGGUUGUCUGGUAAUUAUUCAAAGCCAACGAUCGUUCAAGCUCAAGUUUCUUCUUCAUAUAGACUUGAUCCUCGGCCAGAGUACGCGCGAGUUAUUUUACAGUGGUCAGAUCCAGAAAAAAUUCCAGUGGCUUAUAGUACGGGUAAUCAAAUAAGUAGCAAACUGCUCAGUUGCAAACAUGCUAAUGCAUUACUCAUGCUACCUGGACGAACUGAUGAACGCAAAGAUGUCAAAGAAGGCGAGUCUGUACCAGCAAUGCUUCUUGGCUUCGAUCAAAUUAAUUUUUAAUUUAUUUGAAUGAUAUAUCAUUCAAAUUUCAUUCCUUUAAGUACAUAU